UAUCAUAGGUCUAGGACACGACCUAAACCAUCAACUGGAUGGUGGAUUUUUUGAAUUCUUAAAUGAUGCGUUUGUCUCUGGAAAUUGAUGCGUUUUAUUCAAAAUUAUGUGAAGUUGCCCGGCGUAAGUUUAAGACCUGCCAGGUCUGUUACUAUGAUCUGUGAUAAUAAUUAACUCUUAUCUACCUAUAGAUAUAUUAUAUUACACUUGCCAAAAAGAAAGAACGAAAAUAUCUUAUGUUACAAUUUUGAUUGCAUAUACAGACUAUUCCCUGUAUAUCAAUUGUGGAGGAAGCAAUCCAACAAAAUUUGAGGGGAAGGAAUAUGAAACAGACUCAAGAGAGACUCGGUCCAUCACAAUUUUAUGUUUCUGAAGGAAAAUGGGCUUGUAGCAGCACAGGGGUUUUCAUGGACAAUAUUAUCUACGCCAGUUACAAAGCAAAUAAUUCAUUCUCUUACGAGCUUGAUGAGAUAUACAGAACAGCACGCCUUGCCCCUACUUCACUUAAGUACUAUGGCCUUUGCUUGCGUAAAGGCAGUUAUAAAGUUCGUCUGCACUUUGCUGAAAUAAUGUUUUCGGAUGACCAGACUUAUAGUAGCCUUGGGAAACGGAUUUUUGAUGUAUCAAUCCAAGGGAAUCUAAUUUGGAAGGAUUUUAACAUUAUGGAGGAAGCUAAAGGUCCUGGCAAAGGCAUCACUAAGGUACAUGAUGCUAUUGUUAGUGGCAGCACUCUGGAGAUCCACUUAUACUGGUCUGGGAAAGGGACUAAUGCAAGUCCUGGCAGAGGUGCAUAUGGACCUCUUAUAUCUGCAAUUUCAGUGACACCAAACUUCGAAAUUGAUACCGGGCUUUCUGUUGGAGCUAUUGUUGGUAUCGUGGCUGCUUCAUGUGUGGUCCUCUUGUGUUGAUUUUGUUAGUACUUCGAGUGAAAGGUUAUAGUAGGGAAAGACCAAGAUAAAGGUGAGAUCUAAAAACACAAGAAACGCUACAUGUGAUGUUGUUUCUCACUAUUUGAUUGCUAAUGCAAGUUGGGUUACUACAUGGAAAAGGUGCUUGAUGUUUGAACUUUAUUUGUAAAAUGUCCUGGUAAAAGUUUUAUCUUGUACAACAUAAGUAUUCGCAUUGAAGAUUAGCUUUAUAGAAUUGCUGAAACACCACCAGUCCUCCCUUUGGGCGUUUUGACGGAAAUUUAAUAUGGAUUGAAAUGUUUUAACUACUAAAGAAUCUCUCUAAUGCUUGUGCAGAUCUUGUAGGAGUUAAUACUGACUUUAGGGUAUUGCUUGUAAAAUGAGUCAAACUAUGCAUAAAGAUAAUUUUUUGGUUUAAGGAUGAGAUAGAUGUUGCAAUGAAUAAGAACCUUUAUACAUGGUAAACAUUAGCCCAAUCUGUAUUUGCACAUGUAAUUGUAACUACGUAAAUUGUGAUGAUGAAAAUAACCAUAUGUAUGUGUAUUUUACUUCAUGAAAAGGUAUCUGCUGAUGAUCGUAUAAGACAAGAAUUCGUGGCUCUAAAAUAUCUGGUUUAUGCAGUUUUGCAACUUGUGAUUGGAGCCUUUUAUUUUUUUUGUUGCUAAAUGAAUUUAUUAACAGAAAGGGAACUAUACAAAGGCAAAAACCCAAAGAAAACAAGCAAAGCCCAAAGAGGGAAAAAAAAAAAAAAAAAAAAAAAAAGGCAAACAAACGGGUCAAACAGAAGUCCGAGAGCUAGAUCUGCAAACAAAAUUUUUCAGUCUAAAACAGAUAAAGCUGCUACCAGUAACUUUGACCCUGCAAACAAGCUUGGUGAAGGAGGAUUUGGACCAGUUCACAAGGUUAUUGCUAACGCAAGUUAUUAAAUUUUCAUAACUAUCUUGCAACAUUAAUUAAGGUCAUGUGUCGUUUUAAGCUUCCAUGCCUAGAGGCAGGGUGGCAACAAGGAAAAGAAAUUUUUUCCACAUAUCAUGUUUUUUAUAUUUAAUUAUUAGAAAUUCUUUUUGCUUGAUUUUAGGGUGUCUUGUCAGAUGGUGUAGUAAUCGCUGUUAAGCAGCUUUCCUCCAAAUCUAAGCAAGGAGAUCGCGAGUUUGUCAAUGAGAUAGGCAUGAUAUCUUCCCUACAACACCCAAACCUUGUCAGGCUUUAUGGCUGUUGCAUUGAAGGAAACCAGUUGUUGGUAAUAUAUGGAUACUUGGAGAACAAUUGUCUUGGCGUGCACUUUUUGGUAGUUACUUUCCUGUGACAAUUCGAAUUUUUAGAGUUCGAUUUUAUUUUUAUUAAAUUAAGAGAGAUUAUUUAUUUUGGUUCUAUCAAUUAUUUUGCAUUGGAUCAGAUUUAUUUUGAGUGAAAGAUUGUUUCUUUUAUUUGGUAAGUUUCACGUGGGUUGUUGUGUAUCAUUUGCAUUGAGGAUGAGUUUAUUUGGUUGUUGCAUAUUAUAUAUAUAUAUAUAGUAUUUUGGCAUCUGAUGGAAGAGGGGAACACCCGGAAGAGAAAAAUGAGAAAGGAAAGAUUAUUUUGAUGAUAGCUUUUUGCAGGUCCCACCAGGAUUUUUUGUGGUCAAAAUUGCAUGUGGCUUGGCUUUGUACGUGGGCUGGUAAUGGGCUG